CAAACACACUUGAACAAAAUCUAAGUCCUCCCACCAAACUCAAACCUCUAAAAAUAUGGCCAUGUCUCAGCCAAAUUUAACAGAAAACCCUGUAAAACUUAGCAAAUUCAGGAAUAUUAAUCAAGCUCAACAAAGAAAUAGGUUAUCUUUUUGGGUCUUUAUUUUUUCUAUUUUCAUGUAUAUUUCCAUCUUUUAUAUCUUCAACCUCUCCCCAUCUACUCUUCUUAACACCACCAACUUCUGGUUCUUCAUUUCCAACACCCUCAUUCUCAUUAUUGCAGUUGAUUUUGGCUCUUUUUCUUCUUCAAGUAAUCAACAAUAUUCAUUUGAAGAGUACAUAAAAAAAUGCCAACAAGAAAAGAAUGUUAAUAUUAGUACUUCAUCAUUUAAUUAUUCUCAGGAUACGAUCAAAUCUAUUGAAUAUAAGGAGAUUAUGCCACAAGAAGAGGUCGUUAUGAUAAAAGAAGUAGAAGAACAACAAGAACAAGGCGACGACGAAGAAGAAAACAUAAAAGAUGUGGUUUUUGUCGAAAAAAACAAAAAAGAAAAAGAAAUAAUCAACAUUACUAAUAAAGAUGAAGUUGAUCAAGAAGAUAAGAAGAAGAAUAAGAAGAGUGGUGAAGCCAAAUGCGAACGGAGUAACUCAGAAAAAGCAAUGAUAAAGGUGGCGACCAAUAAUGGGAAUAUUGAGAAGAAGAUAAAUGGGAUUCAAAGGUCAAAAUCUGAGAGAUAUAAUUUCGUAAAUAAAGGAGAUGAAGAAAAUGAAGAAUUCUCAGAGAUGUCAGUAGAGGAGCUGAAUAGAAGGGUUGAGGAGUUUAUUCUAAGAUUUAAUAGACAGAUUAGACUUCAAGCUGUUGCUAGAAACCUCCAAACUUAGUGAAAAUCUAUAAGGAUGUGCUGCCUUCUUUUUUGUUUUGUUUUGUUUUGUUUGGUUGUGUUCCGUCUUCUUUUUCUUAAUAAUAGUGAGUGUAAAUGCUAUAGACUUAUUCAUACAUGAAAGUAUCCGG